UUCUGGUCCUAUCGGACCACCCAAGCCUCCAAAUCUCCUCUCCAAGGUUGAAUAUCGCGAUCACGUCUCCGAUAUACGUGUUAAAGGCCAUUCGCGAUGAACCGCAGCGACGAUUUGAAGGGCGACGAGAAAGGAUAGGCAGGAUCUAUAUCAAGCUGUCCUGAACUCACCGGGAAGCGGAAGAGGCGCCGGCUGUUCACGAGACCUAUCUGCACGACGAUUGGCCGCUGCAUAUUCGUAGCGUCGUCGCUUCACUCUGCUGUUGUCUUUUCCCCUACCAGAGGCGAGUCAGACGGUGGCAGUGCCAGCCCUCUCUUAUCUUUCGAUUUCCCCCUGCCCAAUGUUUGGUCAAAAAGCGUGGAACACUAUUUUCCAUUUGAAUCCCAGACCCUUUUCUCUCGGUUCUAUUGUACCUUUAGGAAAAUUGCUGCACAUAGAAUAAGGUAGAGAAACUUUCUUUCUUUUGGACGGUGAAGCGCGGGUGCGGAGUUUCUGGCAGGUGUUGAACCUGUCGGUUUGUGUAUGCAGUACGCAGUAUGCAGCAGGGGUACAAUGUCGCUCUUUCACGGCGGGCAGUGCAAUACGACGAGGCUGAAAUGUGAAAAUACCGCUAUAGUUCUCGACAACGUCGGAUGAGCAUUUUAAAGGACAAUGGUCUCCGUUAAAGCUUUCUUGCCUCAUGGACUCCAACAAUUUCACGGCUCUUGAGCACAAAGUGGUCACCAUGGCCCAUGAAUCGGAUGGAAAUUCACAGCGCGACUCUGAGGACUCGCCAGCUGAACUACCAUUUGCCAUCGAUGAGGCCGAGAUCUACACUGAAGCUCCUGCUGCUGAAUUCAGACUCGGCCGUGGAACCAUCAUGUGUCUCGUUAUGAACAGGAUGAUUGGAUCUGGAAUUUUCACAAACGCUGGCAAUAUGUUCCGUAGCACAAACUCCACUGGAGCAGCUCUAAUGCUCUGGUUGGCAGGUGUGUUAUAUGCCACGGCAGGAGUUAUCAUUUACAUCGAAUACGGCCUGAGCGUGCCGCGAUGGACUGUAGAUGGCACAAAAAUUGCAGUACCCAGGAGCGGGGGGGACAUGAACUAUCUGUCGUAUGUGUACCGCUGGCCCGCUUAUCGGAAGGACACGGUGCAGUUUGCCACAGUGUUUUACGGGAUCACCUUCAUCUUCUUUGGUACAAUGGCCGGAAACGCAAUCAAUUGCGCCAUAAACUUACUGACCGCCAGUAAUCCUGGCCAGGAUGCGCCGAACAACGCCCAGGUUAGAGGAGUUGCCGUGAGUAUCACUUUUUUGGCUCUGUUCGCCCACGCAUUUAGCCGACGCGGUGGUCUUGCGCUCAAUAAUCUCUUUGCCAUUGUGAAGCUUGGGAUGUUGCUGCUCAUCAUAGGCGUUACUCUUGCUUAUUCUUCCGGAAGCAUCGGGCCAUCUCCCAAUCUCGAGUCCACGCCAUGGGCACAACAGCCUUUAUUCGAUGGCCAAGAGUUUUCGAGAAACGCCACUCUGCUAGAGAAUCUCGCAUUGCCUUACUCCUUCGGUCGUGCAUCGCAUGAUUCGCACAGCUAUUCAGACGCUUUCCUCGAUGUCAUCUUUACUUUUUCGGGUUUCGAGCAGGCAAACUAUGUUCUCGGCGAGAUUAGCCAGCCACAUCGAAAGUUCCCGAUUGCACUGGGGCUUUCUGCAAGCACUGUAUCCGUCUUGUUUGUGGCCGUAAACAUCUGCUACUGGACGGUGGUACCGCAAUAUAUUGCUGCUAAGCCAGGCCAAAAUGUUGCUGAAGCCUUCUUUACAAUCACGCUGGGAUCGCUUCGGCCAGAUGAUCCUUACCUAGGAAAGCGGAUUGCGAGUGCAUUUAUUGCUGUUUCUGCGCUCGGCAAUGUCAUCGUCAUGUCUUACACAGCUACACGAGUCAAACAGGAGAUCGCUAAAGAGGGUUUCUUGCCCUGGCCAAAAUUUUUCGCGCCGGAUUAUGAUAUGUCUAUUGGUCGGAUCUUGAACUGGAUCCAGAGGAAGUCUGCUUCUCGUCUGGAGUGGCUCUUCAGAUCAAAAUGGUUUGCGCCGGCCAACUAUCGAGAGAGAACACCUGUUGGCGCGUCGAUUUUGCACAUUUUCUCGUGCUUCGUCCUCAUUUCUGCAACUGCAGGCAUGCAGGCGAUCAACGCGUUCGACUUGCUGACUGGAAUGUCAGCGUACCUCAUCAACGGCUUCUUUGGGUCCUUCCUCGCCCUCGGCAUUCUAUGGCUGCGACUUUUUAAGGGGAAGCAAUGGAGAAUGAAAUCAACGGCUGUCCGCCCAAGUGUUAGUAUUUCAGCAGCUGCGAUAUAUCUAGUCCUCAAUGCGUGGGCAGUUAUAGCGAACUGGAUACCGUCACAUGGAUCGAGUCGGCAGUCCCCGUUAGAGUGGUACCUUAUCCCGGUACUUAGUUGGAUCGUGCUCGGAUUUGGGGUUUUGUGGUAUGUUGGUUUCUUGCUGGUCAUGAGGAGAAAAGACAAAAAGACGAACACAGUGCUCGUUAUCCGGAAGGUCCCUGACGUUAGAGAGGACCCUCCGUUUUCUGGGAUAUUCGUGCAAGAGCAUGAGACGUCAUAUAUUGAUAGGCUUCCGAAAGACGAAGCUGAACGUUUGGAGCUCCAUGAAGCAAUAAAUCUAGAUAUAAGAGGAGGCAGUGAUGUUGACAGUAUGGAGCAUGACGAGUUUGUGGCGUAGGCGGAAUCGACAGAAGUUCUACCAUCAGUGAUUUCGUUCGCCACUGCAGGUGUAUAUAGUACCAAGUGCACUAAUAAAGUCAUAAAAUGAACACAG